AUGGACAAUGCUAGAAAGUCAACCUCGACACUAGCAGUUAAUUCCAUCUUGCAGGAAUUGCUCAGUAAUUCAGCUGGAUCAUCAACUGCCUAUAAAAAGGCCAAUAGCGAGGCUAAUCAAGGCUUAAAGUCUGCUUCUCAAUCUCACAGCAGGCCAAAGGCUCAGAUGGUCUCUAAAUCAAAGCCAGCUCGCCUUCCUAACUUCCACUUUAAAGCUGGAGAAAUAAUCUUUAUUCCCUGUGGAACAAAACAGUCUAAGAAGACCUCACAUUCGUACAUCCCACUUCUGAUACCUGUUCUUCGCAAUCCCCAAGCACCAACUUUGGUGGAGGUCCAGACUCUUGAGGUCAUGAGACUGGCGAUCACAGAUUAUGUCGAUGGUAUCAUCAUCAGCAAGAACUGGUCUUUCGAGCUCUUUGACCUAGAGCUUCGCAAAUUUUUCCCUCGGCUCUUCCUUUAUCUUGAUGCCUUGCCAAAGUUGAUGAAUCCAGAUUACAAGGAGGACCAAGAUGAGAUCUUUCAGUAUCUGCCCCAAUACUAUCUUUGUGUCAAAGAGAAGCGCAGGAUCGUAAUUCCUCCUGGUAUCCAAUUCCCUGAUGGGUCAUUGGUCACUCCUCAGGUUGUUCGCUUCAAACAGACUAUGCCAAUUCUUGCCUUCUUAGUCACUCAUCAAAGCAUCCCACUGUCAGUGUUGCAAGGGUGGGUGAAAUCAAAAGGGAAGGAGAAGGCCACUCUUUCAUCUAGCUCAGCAUACCAUGGUCGUACCGAGUCUGAGAGUAUAUCCAGUGACUCAGAAGACAGCUCCACCUCAUCUGAGUCAAGCUUAUCAGAGCCCCCUCGCAAGACCAAAUAUUGUCGAGUAUCAACAGAAACUGAUGACAAGAUUAUGCCUGCAUCAGACUCUGAAACCAUAUCCAAGUUGGCCACUAUAGUUGACUUGACUGCAAGUGAUGACAAAUACACUGGUGACUUUUUUGGUUCUUUCAGUUUAGAUAAUCAUGAUGUUGUUGCCGAGCCAGAGGCACGCCUCUGUAUCUUUUGUUAUUGA